UGCUGAAAAGAGCAAGGACAUCUUUUCCUUCACUUCAGUGGGAUUAGUGGAAGAAGUGCCCUCUUUAUUCUGCUGGCUGCCAUCUCAGCGCUCAUAAAGGCAAAAUGAAAAAGAAGCUUGGACGGAGAAGAGAGAGGAUCAAGAUAAGUGACAAGUUUAGAUUACAGAGCCAUUCAGCUUUUAGUUUCUUAGAGUAAAAGAACAAGAACAAUGUUUUAGAUCCCAAGGGAGACAUACAAAUAGUCUGACACUGCAGCUUCCCGCACUGUUAUUCUGCUGCUUUCUAAGUAAUGACUUAACCCAGGGGUCAGAUGAACAGUGCUAUAUGUGGCACUACAAUGGAACAGCAGCCUACUUCAUGCAGUCCUUCUGUUCAGAUCUCGUUGCCACUUCCAAAAACUGCUGGUGAGAAUAACUUCAGGAGAAUCAGCCGCACAGAGGACAGCAUUCCCUAUCCGAUCCCAGGCUUGGCCGCAGACAUCCUGCACAUGCGAGUAAAAGGAGGAAGCAAGAUUCGCAGCUUACUGCAGUUUGCAGCAGCUCGCAUGCAAGGGGAGGUAAGAAACCCAAAUGGGAUGUCACUAAGACAGGUGGUCUUCACUGGCUCAGGCAGAGGAGUCACAAAAACUAUCACCUGUGUGGAGAUCCUGAAACGUAAAGUUGAAGGUCUGCACCAGGUGUCCAAACUCUACUAUAACACAGUGAAGGAGGUUUGGAAGAGUCCACAGCAGGGAGUACCAGGUAUAACCAUGGAGCGGAGAGUUCCUGCCAUCUGUAUCCUGCUAUCUAAAGAUCCUCUGGACCCCCAGGAGCCUGGAUAUCAGCCACCACAAAUCAUCAGUGUUCCCACAGAGGAUGCUGAGAGACGCAGGGGUCUGCUCAGGACGGCUCAUGCUCACUCGUCCCCACACACAGCCAAGAGACUCUGUCUGGAUGAUUCGAGUGCAUGUCCUCCCUAAACCUCUGAUUACAUCAUGAGAAAUAAGAAAUUUUAUAUUUGUAUAGAUUUAGUAGAUUAUUGUGUGCUCCGUUUUAACAGCAUGAAGGUUUCUUGAAGAAAAUAAUACCUCUGCAUUUCAGGGGGUUUAUCAUGAUGCUUAUGUAAGGCAUUUAGCUACAAAAGUAAACAGUUGUGUCUAUAAUGUGUCUUUUGCCAUACUUUGUCACUUUGUUAUGAAAUGUAACAUGUUAACAUAUGACUAUAACUAUUAUUAGCAACAAUAUCAGUAAUAGAUUUGUAGUCGUAGUGGGGGAAAUAUUUUAAUCCUGCUGAAUUUGUAUGUUUCCUCACUUACAAAGAAAUGAACAGUCUCUGAUUUUUAUGAAACCUAAAGGAUUUAAAGAGCUAGUGGGCCAAAAUUCCUCCUGAGAUGUGUGUAAACCUGUCAACCAACUACAAGAGAUGUCUUACUGCCGUGCUUACCGACAGUGAUUUCUCCACCAAGUACUAAGUCAUGUUUUGCUUGGGGAUCAAAUACUGAUUUCAAUCAAUGUCAAGCAUUCAAUUUAUAACUUUUAUGUAAUGUGUUUUAUGUGGAUUUUGUUUUUGGUUGAUAUUCUGUCUCUCUCCAUUAACAUGAAACUACCUUAAAAAUCAAGAACUGAUCAUUUCUUUGUAUGUGAACAAACUUCAGCAGGGGAUCAAAUGAUUAUUUGCCCCACUUCAUAAGGUGAUGAUGGUGUUUUAGUGUAGUUAUAUUAAUAUUUAGUUUACUUGCAAAUGAACAAACAGACUCCACUGUGCCCAGCUGGGAAAACAGCUGGGGAAAGAAGCAUAGACAACAACCUAUGUUAGCCACUAAUGACCACUGUCCGGGGUCAUUCUGAUGUAAAAAAUCAACCAGUAGUCAUGAAUUUGGUCAUAGUCAUUUUAAAUAUAAAGAACAUGUUUUG